GUGAAUCGCCGAUUAAUCCGUCGAUUAAUAUACGCAUCUAGUAGAAGCCGUCAGUCCAGUACGAGCUAAUCUUCAACACAGAGAGUAAUCUCGGGUAGCUUAUUGAGGUUUAAUUACUGCUGCUGUUGUGUUCAAUUGUGAAUAAUAUUUUCAUUUCCUGUUGAUCUUAAUUUAACCUUGUUAUUCUGAUAAUGGCCGGGCUGAGUAGGAAUAUUGUUCUGUUGGUUUUAAUUUGUGGAAUCGUAACGGUUUGUGGCCAACUGCAGAAGGAUGACAACGGAACCACCUACGAAGAGGUUACGGUUUCGGCUUCGUUCUACGUACGCCGUAAGCCACCUUCGGCCUUCAGGCGCACCGCGUACCAAGAGAAAGAGGUUCAGCGAACCAAACGAGAGAUCAGCCAUUCGACCAGUCACGACGGUUCAAAACUCAAAACGAAUGCCCUCAAUCCCUCGGUUGGGCACCACAAGCAGGACCCAAUUGCCGAGGCACUUUUCGACAAAGGCUUCAACCACGGGGAAUCAAAAGCGGCGAACCGAGCUUUCUACAAACUAAAAUCGGUGACCGCAAAACAGAAUAAAAAUCAACUAUAGCCAGACUGGGCGCAGCGAAAUCCUUCGGACCACCUGACCGAAAACAGUUUUUGGGAGUCCCGGAUAUAUCAAAUCCUCACCCAGUGAAUGAUGGUUUGCUAGCUGGACGAGCAGCGUGGGAGUUUUAUCCCUCUAUGGAUAUAUGCAAUCAAAAGAAGCGGUUGAUAUUUUGGUUUUAAUUUAUCACGCAAUAAUAUUCGAAGUGAAACUUUAUGCACCUAUAACGUUAAACGUGAUUCAGUUGACUAAAUUUUAGAGUUUAUUUGUUUAAAUAUUCAUAAAAUAUGUAAUAAAGAACAGAAAAAAAUA